AUGAAUAACUCAACUUACAUAAACUCUUCGUCUGAAAAUGUGAUGGCCUUGGAGAGUCGCUAUAAGACUGUCGAGGUGGUGUUCAUCGUCCUGGUGGCAGGGUCUCUCAGCCUGGUCACCAUAAUUGGGAACAUCCUGGUCAUGGUGUCAAUCAAAGUCAACAGGCACCUCCAGACUGUCAACAAUUAUUUCCUGUUCAGCCUGGCCUGUGCUGACUUGAUCAUCGGCAUCUUUUCCAUGAACCUGUACACCCUCUACACUGUGAUAGGCUACUGGCCCUUGGGGCCCGUGGUGUGUGACCUCUGGCUGGCUCUUGACUACGUGGUCAGCAAUGCCUCUGUAAUGAACCUGCUCAUUAUCAGCUUUGACAGGUACUUUUGUGUCACCAAGCCCCUGACGUAUCCCGUGAAGCGGACCACGAAGAUGGCCGGCAUGAUGAUCGCAGCCGCCUGGGUGCUGUCCUUCAUCCUCUGGGCCCCUGCAAUUCUCUUCUGGCAAUUCAUUGUGGGAGGAAGGACUGUCCCAGAUGGGGACUGCUACAUCCAGUUUUUUUCCAACCCUGCUGUCACUUUUGGCACUGCCAUUGCAGCCUUCUAUUUGCCUGUUAUCAUCAUGACUGUCCUUUACUGGCAAAUAUCUCGAGCCAGUAAGAGUCGGAUAAAGAAAGGAAAAAAGGAAGCCGCCCAAAACCAAGAAACAGUUUCCCCCAGCCUUGUCCAAGGUAAAAUAGUGAAACCAAACAAUAACAAUAUCCCAACCAGCGGGGAUGGGUUGGAGCACAGCAAAAUUCAGAAUGGAAAACCCAGUGAAGAGACUGUAACCAAUAACUGUGUUCAAGGGGAGAAGGAGAGCUCCAAUGACUCCACCUCCAUCAGUGUGGUCGCUUCCAACUUGAAAGAGGAUGAAGCUACCAAAGAUGCCAGACAGGCUUCUGCCUCCCAAGACCAUGUCAAAGCGGAGAACUCCAAGCUGACAUGCAUCAGGAUAGUCACCAAGUCCCAAAAGGGCGACUGCUGUGCCCCUACCAACACUACCGUGGAGAUCAUAGGCACGAAUGGGGAGGAAAAGCAGAACAGCGUAGCCCGGAAAAUCGUCAAGAUGACAAAGCAGCCAGCCAAAAAAAAACCACCCCCUUCUAGAGAGAAAAAGGUGACAAGGACGAUUUUGGCCAUCCUCCUGGCCUUCAUCAUCACCUGGACUCCAUACAAUGUGAUGGUGCUCAUCAACAGCUUCUGCACAUCCUGCAUCCCUGGCACCGUAUGGACCCUAGGUUACUGGCUCUGUUACAUCAACAGCACCGUCAACCCCGCCUGCUACGCGCUCUGCAAUGCCACCUUCAAGAAGACCUUUAAGGACCUUCUUAUGUGUCAUUACAAGAAUAUAGGAGCUACAAGGUAA